GUAUUCGCCAACCUCGUGGCUCGUAAGCUUGUGAAAAGCAAACUUUAAUCGAAAACAGCAAAAAAGUUUUGCUUUUCCAGCCACCAGGAUGGCGCAAUCCAAACUUUAUUUCAUCGGUUUGGCUACAAUUUGCACCUCUAUUAUUGCUGUCUCAGGAUCGCGAAUCGUACGUGAUGUUUCAAAGGAAAAAGAAGAUAAUUCUUUAGAUACAAAUUCUGACACUUUGAGAUUUGUUAUUUUGGCUCUUCGACAUGGAGAUAGAACACCACAGGACACUUAUCCAAAUGAUCCUUAUAUUAACGAUAAAUUUGAGCCUUAUGGUUGGGGACAAUUAACCAAUAAAGGAAGAUUAAAUCAGUAUAACCAGGGUGUUUAUCUUCGGCAAAGAUAUGGUAAAUUUUUAGGAAGUAGAUACAGUCCUGAAAUAUUUUGGCUGCAAAGUACGGCCGUGGAUCGGGCAAAAAUGUCUGCAUUAUUGGUGGCUGCGGGUCUUUGGAAACCAGACGAUAAACAGACUUUUAAAACUGACUUGCCAUGGCAGCCAGUGGCCUUGCAUUACCAACAGGACAAUGACACGCUACUUUUGAUCUGGUCAAGCUGCGCAGAUUACCCACGCCUCCACAAAUUGGUCGAGGAUUCAAAGCAAAUAAAAGAGAUUGAGGCAAAAAACCAAAAACUCUUUGAGGAUUUGAGUAAGCACACGGGAAUGAAAAUCGCAAAUUCAGACGAUGUUUUUUCUCUACUUGGAACUUUAGAGGCAGAGGAAAAUAUGGGGCUAAAGCUCCCAGAAUGGACGCAUGAAAUUUAUCCAGAUAAAUUAAUCGAACUGAGUAAACUCAGUCUGCAAAUGACUGUUUACAACGAAAAAAUGAGAAAAAUGAAGGCAGGCCCUUUCGUUACAAAAAUUGCGAAUGCAAUGAAGGACAAGUCGGAGGGAAAAUUGAAACCAGCCGAGAGAAAAAUGGUGAUGUAUGUCGGACACGAUUCCACAAUUGUCACUUUACUCGCUGGAUUAAAUGUUUGGGAAGACCGACAAAUUCCUGGAUACAGUAAUAUGGUCAUGAUUGAACUUCACGAGGACAAAAGUGGAUGGAACGUUCAAGUAUUUUUAAAAAAUUCGACAACAGAGGCGCCACAUCCUCUGAAAAUUCCGGGUUGCGAUUUCGCCUGCCCUCUAGAAAAAUUCCUAACUUUAAUGAAACCGAUGAUCCUAACUUCAGAGGAAUGGUCGGAAGAAUGCAGAUUGAAAGAUCCUAGCUACGUCAGUGGCAAAGUACCACCACCUUGAAAAUUAGGCAUUAAAAAACCGAAAAUACUAAUUAAAAAAAAAAAAAAAAGAAAGAAAAGUAA